AUGGCCAGUCGUCCGCUCUUGUCUGAAGCCACACCGCUUAUCAAGAAGCUCUCCGCCACCCCGACGUUGGCGGCGCAAAAUGAUAUACUUCGGCAGGCUGGCUCCGUUGACUCCCAAGCCGCUCUUCAGGCAAACAAGGCCACUUUCUUCUUUCAACUGGAACGUGAACUCGACAAGGUGAAUGCCUUCUACUUGCAAAAAGAGGCCGAGCUCAAGAUUCGGUUGAAAACUCUUCUGGAUAAGAAAAAGGUCCUACAGACAAGAGACGGCAUCUCAAGACGCUCUUCCAAGUUUACGACUCUCGAGGAGGGCUUUCAACAGUUUGCUACUGACUUGAACAAGCUCCAGCAGUUUGUUGAAAUUAACGGCACUGCAUUCUCCAAGAUUCUCAAGAAGUGGGACAAGACGUCCAAGUCCAAAACCAAGGAGCUUUAUCUGUCCAGGGCCGUCGAAGUCCAGCCAUUUUUCAACGCCACCGUUAUAAGUGAACUUUCGGACCAGGCCACGACUAGUCUUCAGGAGCUGGGCGCCUGGUCCGAUGGCAUACAGGUCAACUUUCAGACUCCAGGCCAUGUCGUCACGAGCCAACACUUUAUGGGGACUGAUGAAGGAGAUGCCGACACACUAUUGCUGGACACAGUCAUUACUGGGAACCUAGAGACGCUUAGAGAACUCUUGACGAAAAUGCAGUCCGCGAGCAGCUCAACAGACGGAGGAAGCUCAUUACCUGAUCGUGUCACCAGGACCUUCCUGACGGCAAUCCAUGAUGCUCCCGAAGAGUCCCUGCGUGUUCUUUUAGAUACUGGGCUCGUCGACUUGCAGUCAUAUGACGAUAUAAACGAGAGAAAUUGUCUUCACCAGGCCACCAUAUACGGCAAGCAAUGUAUAUGGACGAGUGCCGUUGCACUACGCCAGUCUACAUGGCCGUCUGGAUAUGCUCGAGGCUCUAUUAAAUGGUAUGAAGGCCCAGAAGCUGAUGACGUGAUGCUUUAUACUGAUUCGACCUCGGAAGUUAAUUCCUCAACGAUUAAUCUCAUUGACCACGACAACUUCACUCCGCUUAUCCACUCCAUCAUUCAUGGUCAUAUUGAUUGUAUACAGCGUUUGCUCGCUAGAUCAGCAAGGAUCGACCCGGUGUCAGACGCAGACCAUGUUCCGUUGAAUUUGGCUUGUGAGCAUGGCUCCGAGGCAGUUGUCGAGCUGCUCCUAAGGCACGGAGCGAAGAUUUUGCCCGACGCAGAAGGCUUAUAUCCCCAGCAUCUGGUGGCGAGGUCGGGGAAGACAUCGGAGUUGCUGCUCCUGCUCAAACAAUUUGGAGCCGAUUUGGACCAAGUUGACAAGCUGUAUGGGUGGACUCCGCUUGUCCAUGCGGCGAGCGAAGGCAACGUUGACUGCCUGCAGGCGCUGCUCAAGGUUGGAGUUGACGUGAAUAUUGUGGAUGAGAAAGGUCUCCCGGCCAUGUACUACGCCGCGUGGGAAGGCCAUCUUGAAUGCAUGAAACUACUUACCCCAUUCAACACUCACAGUCGCGCCAGCCCGCUCGUCUUACAGUCGUCACCUGGCCCUACUGACGGCAGCAACGCCCCCGGUCCCAUGUCCUUGGAUCCCGACGCAAUCCCCAUACUCGAGCUGCCCCCUCCAAUUAUUCCCCUCCGCCGCUACGGUCAUAACUUCCUCGACACUAAAACCGUCGUACAAAUCAGCUUCGAUGACCUUCACGAGCAGCCUUUGAUAUUCUUUCAAGAUGGAAAAUAUCCGGCGGCGCGACUGACAAUCUCCUCCAAGCUAUCAGAUCUCAUCCCAAAGAACAUUAUUCUCCCCUUUCAAGAAGAUACCCGCAUGGUUUCAUUCCAAGUUGACAACCUCGAUACAUUUUCUCUCGAUUUUGAUGUUUUCCCUACGUAUGGUGCCAAGAUUAUCGCCAAGACUGUGGUAUUACCUAGCGCUUUCAAGACGCAGCAAGGCGGAAUUUCCAAGUGCUGCCUACCUCUGUUUGAUCCACGACUCAGGGCAAUUGGCCAGAUUACUUUUAGCACCCAGGUGAUCAAGCCGUUCAAGGGUCAGCCAUUGGAAAUCACGGACUUUGAGACAUACUGGAAAGCCACGAGCCAGUUUAACCAACCCACUAGUGCUGUGGUAACUGGAUCAAGUUUAUCCGGUGACUACGUCCGGCUGUUUGUGCAAUAUACGGCCGACGGGGUCCCAGUGAUUUGGCCUCAACGGACGAUCAGCUGUGGAGGACUAGAUCUGCCACUGUGUCGACUGUCCCUACAGCAGUUCCUGACGAUUACCGCUGAAAACACCUGUCGAGCUGCGUUGCCUAGCUUGUCUUCCAAGACUAUUGAUAACAUUGCAGAGGUAUAUCACAUCCUUGCUACAGCAGGCAUCACCCUCAAGGAUGCUCUGGCCAUUCUCCCUCGUGGCAUCAACGUGAACCUACAGGUCCUAUACCCGACGCAGGAGGAAGAAAAGGCGCUUGCGCUCGGUCCUGCGUUGGACGUCAACGUCUUUGUUGAUGCUAUUCUUACUGUCGUGUUUGAUCAUGCUCGCGCGCAGAGAGCCCAAUACCAGUCUCCAGAGGCAGCCCGCUCCAUGGUCUUUAGCAGUUACAAUGCUCGGUUGUGCACAGCCUUGAACUGGAAGCAGCCGAACUUUCCUGUGUUCUUGUGCAACGAUCUCGGCCGCGAGGACAAUAUCUUGGAGGAGAAUAUGCUUCGACCGAGCGGAAGACGAGGUACAUCCAUCAAAGAAGUGGUUCGAAUUGCCCAGAGCAAUAACUUCAUGGGAUUGAUUUGCUAUUCUAAAUUACUGGUAAGCGUAUACCUGCCACCCGGAGUGUGGAAUUGUUUUGCUGAUUUGGAACAUCAGGACAUGGUGCCUGCCCUUGUGGACGCUAUAAAAUCUCAUGGAUUAGCACUCGUCAUGGACAAGUCGACAGAUUCCCCCGGAACAAGUCCAAUGACGGACCCGUUUCCCCGACCACCCAAAGGUGUAGAUGGUGUUUUGAAAAAUCACGGCAUUUUGCGAUUCAAUGACUCGAUAGACAUGUAG